UGGAUAGUCUGCCAACGUUUAUCUAGAGGAGAUCCAGGAAGGAACUGCAGUGUGUUUGGCAUCUGCCGCUUCAGAGCUGAUACAAUGCUGGUCUUAAGGCUCAUCGUGGUUGGUAGCAUCAUGUUCGGAGUGCUUAAGGGAUGCCAGAUGCCGCAAGAUUGGAGACCACAGACUGAAGCCUGCAGAGCGGAAUUGGUAGAGACUGUGGUGUUUGCCAAGGUGUUGGCUCUUCAUAAGGAUAGUUAUAGUGUCUACAACUACCUACCCUGGCAGUAUAACUCUGACCUGUUCUAUUCUGCAGAGAUUGAGUUAUUAUGUGACCAGGGCUGGGGAAGCAUGUUGGAAGUUCCAGCAGGAUCACGACUCAAUGUCACAGGGCUCGGCUACUUCAACUGUCACUCAUACACCGUGAUGGAGAACAACUCCUAUUAUUUCUUCCUAAGGAUGGAUGAAAAUUAUAAUCUCCUUCCACAUGGAGUCAAUUUUCAAGAUCCCAUCUUUCCCAACACACCAGAAAACAAUCGCAUAUUUGCAAGUAUAUUCCAGUUCUCCAACUGUGCAGCUGGGAUAGAUCCACAGAUCUACUCCCCAGACUGGGAAGCUCAAGAGGACAGCAGGCUCAUGUGUGAUUCAGUACAAAGAGCCUUACUAGAGGAGGAGGAACGCUCAAAAACAUUAUCCCAAAAGGUUCGGUUCUUGGAAAAGGCCAAUGCACAUCUUCGAGAGAAAGUAAAAAACCUAAAACGAGCCUUGCGUCAGGCAACAGAGGACAAUAAGAAAGAUGUCCUUUCCAAGCACAUCUCGGAAAAAGACAAAAGUCUUCAUAAAGAUAAUCCAAAACAGACCAUCCAGAAGAAGAUCAUAUCAAGACCAACUAAGAAAGCAACUGGGAACAAUAUGGAUACUUAAUCAGGUUGAAUCCAAUGGAAUCUUGUUAUGGAGGAACAUGGCAUCAAGUAGCACUGAAUUCUAAAGACUGAAUGGACACAAUGAUGUUUUAAUAAAUCUGCUAUGGUUUAUCUGCAGCAAAUGUAUAAAAAUCAGUAUUAUGUGCAGUAAGUAUACAUCAAGUAUAAAAGAGCUUUUUAGCAUGAAGUCUGUUGGGGUAGACCACUAGUUAUAUGACAUCUACUGUAUGGUCCACCUCAAUGUAAUACGGACCAUAGAUCCUGAUGAGGUCUCAGAAAUUGCUACAAUGCUUCAUUUAUAGUAUUGGUCUGCUUAUAUCUAAAAGAGAGACCUAAUGGGCCCCUCAGGCCCCUGGGCCCAGUUGCAAUGGUAGUUACACCCCUGUCAAUAUAGGGUUCUAUGGCUAUAUAAGUUUGGUUGAGAAAAAAAAAAUUGAACCAAUAAUUGAGGUCACACUAUUGAUUUAAAAUGCAUCCAUAUUAUGACAUUGUAUAUGCCAUACAUCACAUAACUUUUCUAUAAAACAUAAAUGUAAAAACAAAUAACCAGAAGCCUCAAUAUAUACAUUGUAGAUAAUAAAUGAACAAUAAACUUCAAUAAAGAUCAGUAAGGAAACAAGAAUUGUAAUGAUGUCAGUGUCUUCAUAUUU